CAAAUUCUUAACAGAUUUAAGGGAAUAUGUGAUAAUUUUUCCCGAACAGACUAGAUCAUAACAAUAGAAUGCGAAUGAUAUCUCUUGUACAGAACAAUUAUAUUUACAAUUUCGGGGCUUGUUUAACAAUCCAUGAUUUGCUACUUCAAACGGAUCUUGAGGAUGGACGUGUGAGCCCAUUGUUACACCGAUUAGCAAGUUGUUUACACAACAUCACUAUAACAACAUUAAAUUAAUCACAUUUAAUUACGAAAAAGGGCCUAGAUUCAACGGUCCAUGAUAAUUGUCCAUUGUAGUUCAAACACAGCUUGUGUUUGGUUUAGCAGCCUUUUGGCCAAGCCAAAUUAAAGUAGGGUGAUACUUUCGACUCAUUACGACUACAUUGACGAUUAACAAUAGGAUUAAGUGUCAAUUGGAGAUGAACGAAGUUGCGGAAGUAAUUAAAGAAAUUAAAAUCCGUAGUAUUUAAUACCUGACCAGCUCCAUUUAGCUCAGAUUCUUUUUGACUUUCACGGAGUUAACAUUAUAUGAUCUGGAAUCUUUAAUUCAAAUGUCAACAAUGUUGCCGAAAUCUAAAGUGAAAAGGGCAUCGUUUUCUAUUGAAUUUCUGUCUAGGAGUAGUCAUGAUGAGAAGGAAGGAGACGAGGAACUUCAGAAUCCCGCGCCAUCCAACUCUCCAGAUAAUGCUGUAAUGAAUCCAAUAAACAGAUUGGGUCACAGCGGUACACCUUUGUACACGCCAGAAAAAAUAUCAAUUUCCGCAUUUGUGUCGCCACCGAAAACUCCCGGAAUUAACUGUCCUCUCAGUUUGUCUUCGACAUCGUCGACAAAUUCAUCUGUGAAGAGAAGCCGGGAGGAGUCGUGUGACUCUGGAGUAGAGAGUCCCUCCCCCGACAGAUUCCGCCGUAUCAGCGAGGCCAGUAUAUCUUCAAACAGUUCAUGUGUCUCAGAUCAAGACGACAGUGACGAACUCCAGAAAAGGAAAAAGGCCCGCACAGCUUUCUCAACAGUGCAGGUUCAAGACCUGGAGAAACGAUAUCAAUUGCAGAAAUAUCUCCCAGCUAACGAACGCCAGGCACUCGCAGAAAAACUCGGUCUUUCUGAUCAGCAGGUGAAGACGUGGUUCCAGAACAGACGAAUGAAGGAGAAACGGCAAAAGCGGGACGAUGAACAUGCACGGACCUUCAGUCUGCCAACAGGCGGUGUCGAUGUUUCUCAGCUGACCGCUCUAGGACUGCCCUGCCCACCACCAUACAACACUAGCGCACCGAAUUUCAGACAGCUUCCGGGAUCUACACAUAUUCAACCGAAGUACCCGAUCACGUCACCUUUGGGACAUUUUCCAUCCGUGCUGCCCUAUACUGCACAAUUUCCAGUGAACCCACCUUAUGUACAGGGACGUUCCUACACAAUGCUCGCUCCGUAUCCGACCUUCUCACCAAACGUCCCUCCACCUCAGUUGGGACAAAUUGCUCAUGCGCCGGAGAAAAGAGGCGUUUGACAUGUUUAAAAAUAUACUGAGCUUAUUUAUUUGUGCUAGGAAAUCAAUAUACCUUGUAUGUGAUGUGACAAGAGUUUUAUGUGCCAAAUUGUAAAUAAAAUGUUUU